AUGGGGUGCUGUUCUUCUACUGCAGGAGUCGAUGAAAAUCAACCACUUCUUUCCGUUGUUGAAAAUUUACAACCUCCAAUUAUUAAUGAAACACCAAAAGUACAAAGAGUUUAUACACAAUUACCACCAACAGAGGAGAAUAGUAAAAUGAUCAAAGAAAUAAACACUCAAUAUUUAAGUAAACAACAUAAUUCUCAAAACCAUAUUGAAGAUAUUCAACAAUAUAUUAAAGAAAUUAAAAAGAAAACAAAAACAAUUCAAACUAAAGAAAUAUUUGCUCUUCCUAAAUCAAAUAGAAAUGAUGUUGAACCUGAAUUUGAUCUUCAAUUCCUUCGUUCAGUCCUUCAAACAAAUAUAACUAUUAUUUCUGAAGAAUAUAAUAAAACUAAAGUAACUAAAGCAACAAAUUUAAUUGUUCCAUUAGACAAUUUACAAUAA